UCUGGGGAAGCAGAAGGAACCAUGGCAGCUAUGGUUGCUGUCUGCAGUGCCCUAGGGAGGAAAGAGUGGACGCAUUUUGGGAAGACUGCUGUGGGCCUCGCAGGUCCCGGGACUCACGCGGUGCUGUGGAAAAGUUGUUCGCAAUAUCGACAGGUAACCAGCAGUGAGGACCUGCCCAUUUCAAUGGAAAAUCCUUAUAAGGCGCCUCUUAAAAAAUGUAUCUUGUGUGGAAAACAUGUAGAAUAUAAAAAUGUACAGCUUUUGUCGCAGUUUGUUUCUCCAUUCACUGGACGCAUUUAUGGACAGCAUAUAACAGGUCUUUGUGGGAAGAAACAAAGAGAAAUCACUAAAGCAAUUAAGAGAGCUCAAAUAAUGGGGUUUAUGCCUGUUAAAUACAAGGAUCCAGCCUAUCUCAAAGACCCUAGAGUUUGUAAUAUUAAAUAUCCAGAGUAAACUAUGUUACCAUCAAUAAACUUAUUUUCACAAUAAAAAAAAAAAA